UUUAACUCGUCAUUUUGCCAUUAUAAUAACAAACUGUCUCAAGUGUAAUCAAUAAUCAAGUUAUACAUUUACUUUAAAUUUAAAAUACCUACUUUCAAAUAUUUGAAGUUGAUUUCAAGUCGCAAUUCUAAAAUAUGGAUACAAUUAUUGAUAGAGGAGCACCUAAAGCUCGUAACUUUGAACCAUAUGCGAGUAAUGGAGGUUCAAUUGUUGCCAUUAGUGGUAAGGAUUUUGCAAUUGUUGCAUCUGACACGCGUCUUAGUGAAGGCUUUAUGAUUUAUACACGUAAACAAUCAAAGUUAUUCCAACUGUCUGACAAAUCUGUUCUUGGGUGCACAGGGUGUUGGUGUGACACAUUAUCAUUGACCAAUAUUAUUCAGUCUCAAUUGAAGUCAUAUUUAUACGAUCACAACACAAUAAUGCAGCCUAAUUCUAUUGCACAACUUCUAUCUACUUUGUUGUACAGCAGACGUUUUUUCCCUUACUAUGUGUACAAUGUACUUGCUGGACUCGAUAAUAAUGGUGAAGGUUGUUUAUACAGUUAUGAUCCUGUUGGCCAUUGUGAAAAAGUGAAUUACACUGCUGGUGGCAGUUCGGGUGUUCUCAUGCAACCGUUUUUGGAUAGUUGGUUGGGAAACCGUACUGCUGAUAACCCUGUUACUGAAGAAGAAGCAUUAAGCUUGGUGAAAGAUGCAUUUACUGCCGCUGGAGAACGUGAUAUAUACACUGGAGAUGAAGUAGUAUAUAAUAUAAUUAAAAAAGAUGGAAUCAAGACGGGUGUAGUUCAACUUCGUAAAGAUUAAAUUUUUGGUGAAAUAAAAAUACUGCAGUAAUAAUAUUUUUUUUUUAUAUUUAAAUACACAUGUAUAAU